GUGACACAUUGCUCAUCCCAGGAAGAAGAUUCUUUCCUCUUUAAUACGCAUCAGUUCAGAGACUCUGACGGUGAAAAGCUGAGAAAGGAAACGCCUCACGAUGGUUAAAUUCAGAUGGAUUAAAGUGUUUUUAUUUCUUAUAAACACGCUUCAUCUUACAGCAGCGAAUGGACGGUCAUCCUCCAGCUUUGUUGUCGGAGUUGGAGACGAAUUCACUUUGCCUUGUGAAAAUGGGAGACAUGAUCAGGACAAAUGUAACGGUACUUACUGGAUCUUCAGUGAGUCAGGAAGCAUGUUGUCAUUGUUGCUGGUGGACCGUGGGAAGAUUGCUGAAAACGCUACAUCAGACGGACUGAGUGUUACAGAGAACUGUUCUCUGGUGAAAAAGAAGGUCACAGAGAAGGAUGUCGGCCGUUACUCCUGCAGACAGUUGGAAUCAGAAGAUGCUCACGUUUACCUGUCUGUCAUCCACAUGACUGAACAGAGGGAUACUGAUGAGGUGACGUUACAAUGCUCUGUGUCGACGUAUGAAUGGUGUAGACACACAGUGGAGUGGCUGUAUGAGGGGAAAGAUGGAGAUAUAAGACACGCAGAUAUGCAGAAAUCCCACUCUGAGUGCUCAGUUAAUUUGACAUUUACAACCUCUCCUCUCAAACUGAAGCCAAAGUACCAUGAGUUGUUGUGUGAAGUGACAGAUGCUGUGACUGAAAAAGUGCAGCGGUUUCCCUUCAGCCCUCAGUCCUUGGGUGCGAAAACAGGUGGUCAGACAGCAUCUGCAACAACUUUAUUACCAUUAACAAUUGAAAGUGAGACCAACAAAACAGAGCCUGAUGCCAGUGAUACUUCAAUAAUACCACAAGGUUGGUUGAGGUUCAUCAUUGUGUCCGUGGGUUUAGCAGCUCUCAUAAUAACUGUUGUGGCGGUCUAUAUAUGGGCAAGAGACAAAGGCAACAAAACCCAGAUGGGUGGCGAUGCUGAGCAUCAUGAUGAAGAUGAAGGUACCUAUGAAGUGACCUAUGAAAACGUUGGAGAACCUUCUGUUUCUAUCAGACUCCACUGAUCAACAACGUCAACAUCAACUCACCAGAA